AUGGCGGAUGUUGUGCCGUCCGCGGCACGCGGUUCCACCCUAUUUCAGGAGUCGGCGGCUGGAUCAUGCGAGUCUCUGCCCAAGGAGGUGACAGAACUUGCAGAAAAAUAUCAGUUUUCAAUUAAUCACGAUCGGAGUAUUCAGAAAGAGGUGAUUGAGUUGAAAAAGUUCAUUCGAACUGCAGUCAAGAAGCAAAUGAAAAUCAAAGCUGGAUAUGUGCAAAUGCAGAAAGCCACUAAUGCGAAAAAGCAGGCCGAUAAUUUGAAAAGAGAGGUACGUGAUCUCAGUGACCAAAUAAGCGACAUGCAGGAAGAUCUCCAAAUUUUGGAUGUGUACGAUACGGGUGCCUUUGAUGAUGAGGAAUCGCGUGAUGAUCCCAUUGUUAAUAGAACUCCAGAUGACUUGUCAAAUGAAGUUGAUGUUAGAAGCGGUCACCAGAUAGUGGAAAAUGCAAGACUCUCUGCACUUCAGAAAGACCUCGAAAAGGAAAUGAAGGUCAAGGAUGGUCUGGAAAAGUUCAUGUCAUCAAAUACGUCUGCCAGUAAGAGAUACCUUGAGGAUUCCAAAAAUAUGCUCGAUGUUAGUGGUUUCAUCUCGGAUAGUAAAGCGAAGAUUGCUUUGCUACGUAUGCAGAUAGAGAAGAUAGCUCAUCAGGAACAUGAUGUCAAUUCAAAUAAUGAUGAAGGAGCAAAGAAUAUGAUAAAGAUUCUGCGUGCGCAAAGGAAAACGGAUCACAAAGGUCUUAAUGAUGCUCAACAAACUCUUAUACUUGCUGAAGAAAAAGUUGAACUUCUUCUUAUGGCCCUGAAAAAGUACAUCGACCAACUUCCUCCUGAUUCGACUCGGCGCAAAGAGCUUUUGAACGAAAUGGAGGAGACCCGCAUGCCCUCCUCCUCUCCUCAAGCACGUCAUGCAGAUCGCCGUUUCAGUCCCCCUGGGUCAGCACCAAGCAGCCCACCUAAUAUACGGCUAAUAGGAUGCCAGAACCUAGUCAGCGAAAUACCCGGACGGAUUCCACGAGCUGAAGCUUUGGGUGCAACAGCAUCAAGCUGCCUGACGGCUGAGAUGUUUCCAACUUUUCUUUUUUUAAUUGUAGUAGCCCACAUUACUUUACGCAAAGUGAUUUUUAGUGUGGUAAUGCGACAAUCCGAUGAAGUACUUGCAUUAUUACGCGUUGAUAGCCGGAUAGUUGGACUUACAGAGACUCGCCCCUUGAGCCAACAAGCUUGGGAUCAGCGAUUUAGCGUAGAUCUUGACCGGUCAAAGGAGUUGGAAAUCGAAGUUUUCUAUCGAGACUCUCGAUCUAUGUGUGCAUUCACAGUUGUGAAAUUGGGCAAUUUCGUCGAGCCUACUGGACAGGCUGGGAUGGUUUUACACAUGGAGCCUCAAGGAGAUCUUUUUGCUGAGUUCAAAUAUUUGAAUCCAGUUGUCAGUCGGAAACCUAAGCUAGAACGGCAGAAAAGGUUGUUCAAAGUCAAAGAACGCAAAGAUAUGGCUGGAGCUAAGAAGCAGCUCGGUGUUCAUGCCCUUUCGCGUAUGCUCAGAGGCCGUGAAAAUGAACCAGUUGUUGAUUACGGCGCUGGUACACAGUCAGGUACAUUAUCAUCCAGUUCUUACUGCUUCAGUUCUUUUAAUACUGUAGCAGAUCAUCGUCGCAGAAAAUCUAUACCGAUUAUUCCAAGUCAAGCAGAUGGUGCAGCUGCUCAGCCAUCUACGAUCUGUAGCAAUGCUUUUUAUGAUUCUAACAGUGAUAAUUUGCAGAUUAUAAAGCAAAAGGCUCCGAUAGCCACACCACCUUCAGUAUCAAAGGGUACGAAUCUGUGUAUUGAUAUGUUUCGUAUGGUUAGUGUACUAGGAAGGGGUCACUUUGGAAAAGUUAUCCUCGCGCAGUAUAAACCGAACUCAACUUACUAUGCUUUAAAAAUACUCAAAAAAGGAGACAUUCUAGGGAGAGAUGAAGUUGAGUCACUUAUGGUUGAAAAACGCAUAUUCGAGGUGAGAAAUUUUCAAACUCAAAUAGUUAUUCUUCUGAUUUUUCACGUGAUGCGGAUUAAGGUAGCCACUCAUUCACGCCAUCCAUUCCUCGUCAACUCAUUCGGCAUGGGUGGUGAUCUAAUGCGGCACAUCCACGACGACAUUUUCAGCGAAGAACGGAGCUGUUUUUAUGCUGCUUGUGUUCUGCUUGGCCUCGAAUUCCUUCAUAAGAAUAACAUCAUAUACAGGGAUUUGAAGUUGGAUAACUUGCUAUUGGACAAUGACGGGUUUGUUAAACUAGCAGACUUCGGCCUUUGCAAGGAAGGCAUGGGACCGACGGAUAAAACGAGCACAUUUUGUGGAACGCCAGAAUUUCUCGCACCGGAAGUGUUGACAGAGUCAUCUUACACGCGUGCCAUCGAUUGGUGGGGACUUGGUGUUUUGAUUUUUGAAAUGCUGGUAGGAGAGCCUCCAUUCAGCGGUGAUGAUGAGGAAGAAAUAUUUGACAGCAUUGUAAACGACGAAGUUCGUUAUCCCCGCUUUCUGUCCAUUGAAAGCAUUUCGAUAAUGCGUCGGGUACAUGUUUCAAACUUUGACGAAGAGUUCACAAAGGAAAAGCCACGUUUCUCAUCAGCAAAGGAUAAACAUAUCAUAACAGAGGCAGAUCAGCAAUUAUUUGCCAGCUUUGAUUUCUCUUUAAUCGAUUAA